CAGAGUCGCCGACAUGACCGAGACCGCAGCCGCCGAAGCGGCUCUUCCAGCCGCGCCCGCCGCCCAAACCAAGGCUCCCAAGAAGAAGGCGGCUCCCGCCCGGAACAAGCCAGCCGGUCCCAAGCUGAUCAAAUCGACCAUUGUGGCGGGUUGUCCCGAUAAGAGGGGAAUGUCCGCGAUCGCCAUCAAGAAGGCUCUGGCCGACAGAGGCGUCGAUGUGGUGAAGCGCAGCGCCCAGAUCAAGUUGAGCAUCAAGAGGAAAGUGGAAACAGGCUCCCUGCUUCAGACCAAGGGCGUGGGCUUCUCCGGCAUCUUCAAGGCCGCUAAGGAGAAACGUUCGGUGAAAUUGAUGAAUAAGUCGAAGAAACCAGCGCCCAAGAAGCCAGCGGUAAAGAAAUCUCCCAGCAAGAAACCAGCGUCCAAGAAAUCUCCUACGAAGAAGUCUGGAGCCAAGAAAUCGGCGGCCAAGAAAAUUCUCGCUAAGAAACCAGCGGCUAAAAAAGCGGCAGCUAAGAAACCAGCGGCGAAGAAGGCGGCGCAGAAGAAAGCCAAGAGCCACGGCAAGGUCGCAGCCCCAAAGUCCAAGAAAUCGGUGAAAGCCAAGCCGAAGCCGAAAGCAGCGAAACCCAAGAAGGCAGCGGGCAAAAAGAAGUAA